CCUGGCAGCAAAUUAGUUAUUAUAUUCUCAGAUCACAUUCUCCAUCAACAACCUACAGGUGACUUGAACUAAAAGCCCCGUUGGCUUUUAAAAUGGUCACGUUUGACAUCGCCGAAACCACCGAGAGCUUCGAACCACAACCGGAACACAAUGGGCCCCAAUCCAUCGAAAACGGUGCCCCCGUGGAGAAAUGGGACGCCUUCAUUGCCGAACCUCCUGCCAUUGAUACGGGGUCAGAAGCGGCGAUGGUUUGGGUGCGGAGGUUUGAGAAGCUCAUGUUGAUUAUCGCUUACAUUCUCACGUUCGCCAUUGUCAUAACGGGUGUGGUGGUUGGCAAGGGCGUCACCAUGUUCAUGAUUGCCCAGGUCUCACCUGUGGACUCGCGGGUACUUCCGUAUUGCAAAAAGGGCGGGCAGAUCAUUGAUAAGACCAAGGAUUAUGAAAUCAAGAAAGAUCGCGCCCUUUAUGCCGAUUCCAUCGAAACCGAACAAGUGGCAUGGGUGUGGUGUCUGUUCUUCGCAUUUGCAAUUCCGGAAGUACUCAGCUUUCUCCGUGCCUCUCGGAUAUUACUGUUUAAGAAAUGGGAGAGACCAAAAUUCUUGGACUUCUUCUUCGUCCUGGUGAUGGAAGUGCUCCAUGUCAUUGGCGUCAGCAUGCUAGUGUUCUUGGCGCUCCCCCAGUUGGAUAGCACUCAUGCUUUGGCCUUGACCAACUGUCUGGCGGUGAUCCCCGGGAUCAUGUUGAUUCUUUCCCGUGAGCCUAAACGUCCCAAAGUAGUUGACAAUCAAAACGAAAACGAAAACGAAGAAAAUGAAGAAAAUGAGAAUGGAGGAAAUGGCCAAGGAAAUCAAAGUGUAAAAAUGCCGUGGGUCAAAGUUGGCGUUGACGCCUUGGCGAUUCUAGCUCAGCUUAGUGGGGCCUUGACGUGGCCUAUUCUUCAAUGGAGCAAAAGCUCUGAUACCGCAGAAAUGAAGUAUGCUUGGGCUGUGCCGUUGGGAAUUAUCCUGGCUUCAGCUGGAUGGUGGGAGUGCUUUGUGACUGAGCACUCCAAAGUUCCCAUCGUUAAGAUCUUGCACGGCGUCCGUGUCCGCAUGAUUGAUGGCACCAGGUAUUUCACCUACCUCUGGAUCUCCGUCAUCAAAGUGUUGGUCUUUUUCGUGGUCAUGUGGCUCAUUGUGAUGUUCAAUGGAGUCCUGAUUGAGCCACUGAACAUCUUCAGCAAGUUCACAGAGUCCUUCAAUCAGCAUGGGUUCAAUGUCACAGAAAUCGAAGACCAAAUCCUUGGAGGCUCAAGGGUGACUGAAGAUGCAUUUGAGACCAAGUAUGAGGCCACUAUAAUGACUCAAAGAUUGAUCCCUUUGUACGUACUCUUGAUCCAAGUUGGUUGUACUUAUGGAGCCUACAUCUUCUCCAAGUUCGCUUGCAAGGUCCAGAUUCAAGAAUUCAGUUUUGCCCUCCCCCUAUCAAUGGCAGUUCCGGCCUGCAUGACCUUUGUUCUGGUUGGCUGUGGUUUCCGAGCUGCCGACGAAUGUGCUUUCUAUGGCGUUGUUCCCGACAACCUCUUUUUUGAGUGCCCAGCUAUCGGAGAUUACCUGUCUUACUUGUGGAACGAACACAUGUGGUUAUGGGCUUUAUGGUUCCUUUCCCAGCUCUGGAUUACGAUGCACAUCUGGAGCCCCAGAUCGACUCGUUUGGCCUCGACGGAAGAGAUCUUUGGAACACCAAUGUAUUGUUCACUGUUCAUUGACCAGUCUCUCACCUUGAACCGAAGACACGAUGGCAAGAAUGAUUUCACCUUUGAAGACAUGCAAGCUGAUGAGCAAGACGAGGCUCAGUUUAACGCUAGCCCCUCCACAACGUUCGGAGAGGAUGAACAGGCCAAGAGGAGUGACGUUAAGAGCAAAGACAAGGUGACCAAGAUCUACGGUUGUGCCACAAUGUGGCAUGAAACCAAAGAUGAGAUGAUCGAGAUGUUGAAAUCAGUCUUCCGGAUUGACAAAGAUUACGCUCAGCGCAAGGUCAACCAAGAAUACUAUAAAACCAUUGACAAGGAUUUCUACGAGUGGGAGACUCACAUCUUCUUCGACGACGCCUUUGAGGUGGACCUGGAGUUCGAUGGUGGUACUCGGAAUGUGGUCAAUUCGUUCGUGAAGCUCUUGGUCCGAGUCAUGGACGAGGCUGCCUCCUACGUGCACGGUCGAAACGUCAUGGUGAAACCUCCGACAAAAUAUCCCGCUCCUCAUGGGGGUCGAUUGGUGUGGACCCUGCCGGGUAAAACAAAAAUCGUCUGCCAUCUCAAGGACAAGGAUCUGAUUCGACAUAAGAAACGGUGGUCUCAAUGCAUGUACAUGUACUACUUGCUCGGAUACAAAAUCAUGGAACUGGCCUGCUCCACACAGCGGAAGGAGGUGCUUGCUGAGAACACCUUUAUCUUGGCCUUGGACGGUGACAUUGAUUUCCAACCCAAUGCUGUCACCCGGUUGGUAGAUUUGAUGAAAAAGAACGAGAAAUUGGGAGCAGCUUGCGGGCGAAUUCAUCCCACGGGAUCGGGUUUCAUGCAAUGGUAUCAACGAUUUGAAUACGCCAUUGGUCAUUGGCUGCAGAAAUCCACGGAGCACGUUCUUGGAUGCGUGUUGUGCUCUCCGGGAUGCUUCUCGUUGUUCCGAGCCCAAGCUCUCAUGGAUAAAAAUGUGAUGAAGAUGUACACGACCAAAUCUGAAAAGGCCAUGGACUUUGUCCAAUUUGAUCAGGGGGAAGACCGGUGGUUGUGCACUCUUCUGCUGCAAAGAGGAUGGCGUGUGGAGUACUCGGCAGCUAGUGAUGCUUUCACUGCUUGUCCCGAAGGGUUUGACGAGUUCUACAACCAAAGGCGCAGAUGGAUGCCUUCGACCAUUGCCAACAUUUUCGACGUACUCUCCGAUUACAAGAGUGUGACCAAGCAAAACGACGACAUUUCGAUAUUUUAUAUCGCUUAUCAGAUGAUGAUGAUGGUUGGAACAGUUCUGGGACCCGGGACCAUUUUUCUCAUGAUCGUUGGAGCCUUCACAGCCGCAUUCAGCAUCUCCAAUUGGACGUCGUUCCUCGUGAACCUCAUUCCUUUACUGGCCUUUAUGUUUGUUUGCUUUGCUCUCGAUUCCAAGAUCCAGCUGUACAUGGCCCAAAUUAUGAGUGCGGUGUAUGCUCUAGUCAUGAUGGCAGUGAUGGUGGGCAUCAUGUUGCAGAUCCGAGAGGACGGCUUUUUGGCUCCAACGACACUCUCGAUUGUAUUGGUGGGCGGAUCUUUCAUUCUGGGGGCCAUUGUUCAUCCUCAAGAGUUUUGGUGCUUACCGUACGGACUGAUCUACUACAUCACGAUUCCAUCCAUGUACUUACUGUUGGUCAUCUACUCGAUUUUCAACAUGAAUGUCGUCUCUUGGGGUACGAGAGAAAUGCCGAAGAAGAAGAGCAAGGCCGAAAUUGAAGAGGAAAAGAAGAAGGAAGAGGAACUGAAGAAAGAAACCAACAAAAAGAAAAAGGACGGAAGUCUUCUCGGGUUCUUGAUGAACCAGACGGACAAGUCGGAGAAAGGCAGCGUCGAGUUUUCCUUUGCCAACCUAUUCAAGUGCAUGUGCUUCACUCACGAAGAGGCUGAUGAUCCCAAGAAGCAAUUGGUCAAGAUUGCAGCCUCUUUGGAGCAGGUUAAUGCUAGAUUGGGAAAGAUUGAACAAGAUGGUCCUGGUAAUGGAGGCCCUCUUGGCGCUGGAUUCAGAAGGCGAUCGAGCACCGGACGACGGGUGUCCCGAGGAUCGUUCACUGCUCCAGUCCCGUUGCCCGUAAAUGAGAAGCCAAGUGAGGGAUCCCUUCCCGAAGUUAAUCAUCUGAUGGAGCAAUCCAUGGACUCUUCCGAUUCAGACUCCGAAAGUAAUAAUAAUAGCAGCGAUGAAGAAGAAUCCGCCAAUUUCUGGAUCCAUGAUCGAGAACUGGGCAAUGGCCAAGAUAAUGUGUUGAAGGGGUCCGAAAUCAUCUUUUGGAGGAAGCUCAUCGAAAGAUAUCUCCAGCCCUUGAGGAAGAACGAGGAAAAAGAGAAAAAGCAAGCCCAAGAGCUCUUGGAUCUGAGGAACCAGAUGGUUUUCAGUUUCUUCAUGUUGAACGCCGUUUUCGUGGUGGUGGUCUUUCUUCUACAACAACAGAAGGAUCUGCUCUUCAUUCGUUGGCCAUUAGGAGCCAAGGCCAAUGUCACGUAUAUUGGACCCAAGACCAACCCAGUGGUGGAAGUUGAUUACGAAUACUUGGAACUGGAGCCCAUUGGUGUCGUGUUUGUGGUGUUUUUUGCAUUCAUCCUCAUUUUGCAAGUUAUUGGAAUGCUGUUCCAUAGAUGGGGAACAAUGAGCCAAAUUAUUUCCACCACUAGACUGUUAACCCGGUCGGUCACAGGUAAAGAGGAGGUCGACGCCAGGGGACUCAAGGUCGUGAAAUUGGUCUCCGAUGAACCCACAGAAGAGAGAGCAAGUUACAAGAAAGUCCGACCAAACAUGGGGCGACGUGGCACGGUUCACAAUUUGUUAGAAAAACAACAGGAAAAAUCGACAAGUGGCCCUCUCGACUUGCAAGGUGAUAUCAAACGCAAGAUAAUGACAAUGGACCCUGAGCAUCCAGCCUUUAAAAGACUUUCAGUGAGCCAGAGCGGAAUUGCUGAGUUCCAACGAAGGGCGAGUAUUUCAAUAAUGCAAGACCAAGGGCAACCGAUUUUGGAGAGGGAAAGGCGCCGUUCAAUCCUCGUGGAGAAUUUAGACCCGGGCGUCUACAAUAUGGGCCUGGUCGGUGACGAUGAAGUUUCAAGGGAUGCGGACAGUGAUAACUCUCAAGAAUAGGAUCAUUUUGAAUCAUUAUGACGAGGAACAGAGGCACCGUGUUGUAAAUUAUGUAUAUGUAGUCACUGAUGUAAUAUGUAAAGUUUGAACCUCCGCCCUUCCCAGAGAAUUAUCAAAAUGUAAAAAAAAUAUUUUGGAGUUUUAUUAGAAAACGGCAUCGGCAAGUAGUAAGAGAAAUUGGCGACAUACAUAUAUAAGGCUAUAUCUUUAUCAACGUAAGUGAACGCACAUCUUAUGAGUAAAGAACAAACCCUAACAAUUCAUGCACCUUUAAGAAGAGUGUCGAUGAUAGUAGUAGUAAUGGUCGAAGUAGUGGUAGCAAUUGUAGACACUUCUUGAUAAGAUUGGCAAUGAGGACACUCGUCACACUUCAAGUGGAUGCUGAAGCACUCGAUGGAUCAUGAUGUCAGUUUUAUUGAGCACAUAGUUGUUGUCCUUGAAUAAUUUGUCUGCUAGAACCCGGGGAGAUUCUCAUUCAUCCAUCGCAAACAACAUACACUCUGGCAAGACUCGAUUAUCUCAAAGUUUUGCAAAUUCAAACGAGGAACAAAAAAAGGAGCGGGAAAGAAAGCCGUCAUGGGAACCCUGAGUCAAAUUUCGCGCCCAAACAAGAUAACAACAGUCAGGUUCGCAGUGGGGUCAGCUGUUCAGAGACGCCCGAUUUCAAGUUUCUGUUGGUAGUACCUAGGGACAUGGAGAUUUGACGGGUAGAGAUCCCAAGAGGGGCGUGUCUGAGAUGGCUGAGGGGGAAGGUGAUUGAAAGGGAUAGACAUGAGUAUUAUUGCACUAGGACUGGUGGUGAGCGAAGACUGGUUUCAUGAGGGAAUUGUAGAAAAUAAGUAUAUUGUUUGCAAAAAAGAAACAGUUGCUUAGAAAUUGCGUCAUUCCAUGGACGCUGCUGUUCAAAGAGAAAUAUAUGCACAUUUUAACUUUUGAAAAUCAUUUCUUUCGGUUUUUUGUUGAGGUCCUUUGCCAGUCAGUUGACAAGAGGAGCGUGAGGUUCAGUUGAAGCUUUCUUGAGUUGGAAAAGGUCAACUGAACCUCAUUUUUGAGGGGGAUUUCUGGUUGUGAUCAGGGCAGAUCAACAUCAUUGACAUAUAAGGCAUCGCGUACAAAUUCGAGGGUUGAGAGGUUGUUGUUGGUAAGUGGUAAAAGAAGAUUCCUUGCUUACGGGGUGGUUGUUGAAAACAAAAUUUGGAAUGAGUAAAUUAUGGAGUAUUUCAGUUAGAGCCGGAGAAUGUACUCACGAUGGUUGAUGUUGAAAUCAAGUU